UCAUCACUCGGGAGUGUGUCAGAGAUGCCGCAGGUGGAGGUGAUCAAACUUGCGGGAGUGCCACGGGCAGGUCGACACGACCGCAUCUCCACCUGACUCAGGCGGCCGCACUCUUGGCGCAUUCUCUGAACCGACGUCCAUGAAGCUCGACAUUCGCGAGAAACAUUGACAUUCGCGCAGUCCAGCACUGCACGCCACCUCGCCCGCCAUGGACCUCCGCACAUAUGUCUCCGACCACUUGCUCAAGCUGGUCGGAGCGAGCGAGGACAUGAUUGUAGAUUUUGUCGUUUCCGAAGCGAAACGCGCAAAGUCGCCCGCACAGCUGCUGGACAAGCUGUCGACCAUGCUAGAUUCGGGUGAUGAUGACUUGCGACGCUUUACCGACGGUCUGUAUGCUCAAGUCGCAAAGCCAGCCUCGAACGGGGCUUCUGCGCAGAAACGAGAGAAACCCAAGGAAGUGAAGAAAAAGUAUGCUUUGGUUGAUAUGGAGGUCGAAGAGGAAGCUCCGCCGCCCCCCAAACCAGAGCGCAAGAGGGAGGAGAACGGAGAGCGAAAAUCAAGACAUCGAUCAGACAGGGAACGAAGGCGUUCGCGAAGCAGAGAUCGGCACAGCAAGAAGCUGCGGCGGCGAGAUGGAGAUUUUGACGAUCGAUGGGGUGAUGAGGAGGAAGAGGAGGAGGAUUUUCCCUCGCCACCUGCAAAACGCACCCGGUUCGACGACGGCUCAGCGUCACCUCGCGAUCGAAGUCCUGCGAAAGAGGAGCCCGAGGAAGACGAAGAGGAGCGUGACCGCAGAGAGCGCAAAGAGUUUGAGGAGAGGUUGAAGAAGAAGGAGAAGGAUAGUACGAAGAAGUUGACAGAAGACCGGUCAUCAAAACGAGAUGCUGCGGACGCAGAAAGACGAGCACAGGCGGGGAAAUUGUCAGAAGCAGAGAUGAAGGCGUUGAGGUUGCGAUCGCGGCAGGACUACCUCAAGAAGCGAUCUACCCAGGAACUGGCUUUGCUGCGAAGACAGGUUGCCGAUGAAGAAGAGGAAGAGCGGAACAACCCCGAUCUGACCCAGGCGGAAAAGGAUGAAUUUGCUCGGAAUCGAGAAGCUCUGCGGCUCGCCGAGGAGCGAGAGGGCAUCGACGAUCAUAUCGAUGGCUACGCUAUGCCGGACGACUAUAUUACGGAAAAAGGCAAACUGGAUACGAAACGGAAAGAACAGGCUUUAUACAGCCGGUAUGUCGAACGUGACGACCAAGGCCGCGAGAAGUAUGUGACGGAACACGAGGAAUGGGAGCGGGAGCAGCUGGCCAAGACGAAAGCGCAAAUUGUGGUUGCCGAUCAACCGGAGGUUGGGGACUACGAGUAUGUGUUUGACGAAGAACAGCAGCUUCGAUGGGUGACAGAUGCCGUGCUCAAGGGCGGUAUGAGCAGUAUGAAAUCGCCGCAAGAGCAGCUUCUUGCGCAACAAAUGCUGGCAGCGGAGAGGAAGGCCAAGACUAUGGAGGAGAAGCGGAAGACUCUACCUGUCUAUCAAUACCGACAACAGUUCCUGGAUGCUGUGCGAGAGUACCAAAUUCUCAUUAUUGUUGGAGAAACCGGUAGUGGCAAAACUACACAACUUCCGCAGUUUCUAUACGAAGACGGCUACUGCAAGAAUGGCAUGAAAGUGGGCUGCACUCAGCCGCGUCGUGUUGCAGCCAUGAGUGUUGCCGCACGUGUGGCAGAAGAGGUUGGCGUCAAGCUCGGAAACGAGGUCGGAUAUGCCAUUCGAUUCGAAGACAACACAUCAGACAAGACAGCACUCAAGUACAUGACCGAUGGUAUGUUGCUGCGUGAGUUCUUGACAGAGCCGGAUCUUGGAGGGUAUAGUGCUUUGAUGAUUGACGAGGCUCACGAGAGAACAUUACACACGGAUAUCCUGUUCGGCCUGGUGAAGGAUAUCGCAAGAGGCCGACCAGAUCUCAAGUUGCUGAUCUCGUCGGCAACGCUUGAUGCGCAGAAGUUCAGUGAAUUCUUCGACGAUGCACCGAUUCUGAACAUCCCUGGACGUACCUAUGAUGUCGAGAUGAAUUACUCGCUGCAGCCGGAAGCCAACUACCUUUCUGCCGCCAUCACGACUGUCUUUCAAAUCCACCUCUCGCAGCCCAUGCCUGGCGAUAUUCUGGUCUUCCUGACUGGUCAGGAUGAGAUUGAGCAAGCUGAACAGUCGCUCCAAGAAACAGCACGGAAGCUAGGGAAAGCAGCACCGGAACUGCUCAUUUGUCCCAUCUAUGCCAAUUUGCCAACAGAUCUUCAGCAAAAGAUUUUCGACCCGACACCUCCGAAAUGUCGCAAGGUCGUGCUUGCCACAAACAUUGCCGAAACCUCUCUGACGAUCGAUGGUAUCGUCUAUGUUAUCGAUCCUGGCUACGUCAAAGAGAAUCGAUACACACCAGCAACGAAUAUGGAGUCGCUCGUGUCGGUUCCGAUCUCUCGUGCUUCGGCGAACCAGCGUGCUGGCAGAGCCGGACGAAACCAGCCUGGCAAGUGCUUUCGCUUGUACACCAAAUGGGCAUACUACAACGACCUCCCCGAGUCGACCACCCCUGAGAUUCAACGUACCAACCUCAAUUCGAUCGUGCUACUGCUCAAGUCCCUCGGCAUCAACGAUCUCAUCAACUUCGACUUCAUGGAUCCACCAUCACCCGAUAUGCUGAUUCGCUCGCUCGAACAACUCUACGCUCUCGGUGCCCUCAAUGACAAAGGCGAACUCACCAAAGUCGGUCGUCAAAUGGCUGAAUUCCCUACCGAUCCUAUGCUGGCCAAGGCUGUCCUGCAAGCCGACAAAGAAGGCUGUGUUGAUGAAGUCCUGUCGAUCAUCGCCAUGCUCGGUGAAGCCGCAGCACUCUUCUACCGACCCAAAGACAAGAAACUCCAAGCCGAUGCUGCUCGUGCUCGCUUCACAGUCAAAGAAGGCGGCGACCACUUGACCUACCUCAACAUCUGGAACCAAUGGGUCGACGCCGACUUCAGCUAUGUCUGGGCCAAAGAAAAUUUCCUCCAGCAACGCAGUCUCACCCGCGCCCGCGACGUCCGCGACCAACUCGCCAAACUCUGCGACCGCGUCGAAGUCACAGUCUCCUCCUGCGGCAGCUCCAACCUCCAACCUAUUCAACGCGCCAUCACAGCUGGUUUCUUCCCCAAUGCGGCGAGAUUACAGCGUUCGGGCGAUAGUUAUCGAACUGUGAAGAAUAAUAUGACGGUGCAUAUUCAUCCUUCUUCGGUAUUGAUGGAUGUUAGGCCGAAGUGGGUUAUCUUUUAUGAGCUGGUUUUGACGAGUAAGGAGUUUAUGAGGAGUGUUAUGCCGUUGCAGCCGGAGUGGUUGAUGGAGGUUGCGCCGCAUUAUUAUAAGAAUAAGGAGGUGGAGGGUUUGGGGGUUGAUAGGAAGAUGCCGAAGAUUUAGGUGGAGGGUCGUGAUAGGUAGACUGAUGUAUCGGCUGAAUGAAUGCUGCCUGUGUGUGAUCCACUUCUGUGUAACAUUCUGAUGAUUGAUUGUCUUGGCGUGAGGAUGGGGCCCG